AUAUGGCGUGACGUGGUCCGAUCCUGCACUCUCAAAGCCAAAAUAUGGUGUGAGGUGCCCGAAAUGGAGCUCCAUACCCCGAGCAAUGAGUCAAUCCGCGCAGAUCCGGGGUUAGGCUCACGCAUCUUCGCAUCUCGAGCCUGUCGAUCUGUCCACGUUCAAGGUACCAGAAGUCAAUCUUGCAGCACGAGCAAGUGCCUGGGUCUGGGUCGAGCGUGCAAAAGAAGCAUGAUGAUCACCCAUGGGUGAGAAGAGACGUGUCUGUUGAUGAGAAGUACUUCCAAUGAAAGUGUUCCCGACCAGAAGCGAGAAUCAGCAGCAGAUCACACCAGAUGCCUUGGCGGACAGACUUCGACGUCGGCCCAAUAUAAUCUUUGGCACCGUUACAUACAUUCUGGUUGCUUCGACUGUCUACUCAUGUCAUGGCCGUAUCCGGCAAUGAUGCUACUGUCCGAAGGCCAACUUCUAUCAAACACAUCCCCGCGAAAUCUCAACGAAACAUGAUCCUGACGUGAUCACAGCCCCAUUCAAAAAUAUCACAGUCAGCGUCCUGAAGAUCGCUUAUCCCCCUGUGCCUGUCCACUGGACACUGCUAAGCACGCAGCUUCAUGUUAGCUCUCCACGGUAAGACAGUAUAGGCUGCUCUUCCAUCACGCGGUCUGCCACGGAUACUGCUGGAAGCUCUCAUCGUCAGCUUAUUUGUCGCGACCAGGUUAGGGCUCCGAGAAGCCCUAGUGUCUUGGGAGGCGAUGUCUCACUUCGCACACAGGUGAUAUUCCUCUCGAGCCCUGUGCCUGGCAAAUAACACAGUACAUAAACCCUCGGGCCUUUGCUGUUGAAGCGGUAUACACUUACCCACCUUUUCCCAACCAUCAGAAAGCCAUACUUUCUCGACUCACCUCGAUAUUAUAGUCCACGAUCGCUCUCAUCUCAGUACCAACCCAGCGCACAACACCCCAACUCGAUCUUUCCCACAAUGAAGCUAAGCUACCUCCUCACCCUGGCCUCGGCCCUGCUAGCCACCGCCGCCCCUAUUGAUGAAGAGGCUGAAUUCGGCCCGGAAACCACCGAGCUCGAAGAACGCGCCAACCCGAGCACCUACACGCUCCAAAUUGGCGGUGGCCGCUUCAACAUGAACGAGCUCCAAUCAUUCAGCCUGUUCUACGCCAACAGCUCGGCCUACAUCGGCCAGAUCAAGUACCAAAUCUACUCGGAGCCCCUAAUCGUGUCCGGCGCGAAAGGCGGCAGCGACGGCAUCAGCUUCCAAUCCAUCCACCAGUCCCCGACGGGCUGGCAGAACAUGUACGUCGUGCCCCGACAAUCGCGGCCCGUGGGCUUCAGCGUCCCGCACGGCUCCGCGCCCGCCGGCACCCGCACGAACCGCUUCAGUUUCAAUUUCGCCGGCGGCCUGAUGAACAACGGCCUCAACUUGUUCUACGCCUGCCAGGACGACAACCUCCGCGCACUGCACGCUUACCAGAUCUACUGGCUUGCCGGCGGCUUCCCCAGGAACCUGAGCUGCAAGGGCCCGCUAUUCAUCCAUGCGGGAGAUAGUUGUGCUAGGAAUUUGUAGUCCCAUGAGCCGUCAACGAGCGAUGAGGCAAAAACGCUCGGCACGACCGAAAAAAACCAAAAUCAAAUUGUAUGAGCAACGAGAAACGAGCGAUACGGCACAGCACAGCAUAGCAUAGCAUAGCAACAUCACGACACCUGCAUUUCGGAAUACGAGGACAAGGGAACAAGCGAGGAACAAUGUUUGACUAUUUUGCAUUUGGAAAUCUUGUGAAAAUACUGGACCUUUGUUCUAGCCCAGAAUCAACAUCUUGGUAAUGGAUUAUAGCAUCUCCAUUCUAUAUCUUCAUCAUUUUC